AGAGACCUGUUCCAUCACACACUGAGAUAAAGACUUUACAGAUCAAGACCCAUUCUGAGAAAACCAGGAGGUGAAAAUGACUUUCCUGCCGUUGCUGUUUGGGCUUCUGGUCAUGAACAUAUCUGAAGUGUCCAGCUCUCCUCUGUCCAGGAGCUCUAUAGUGGGUGGUCAGAAUGCAUCAGAGGGAGAGUGGCCCUGGAUGGCUUAUCUCAAGAUCAUUCCUGUCAAUGGAAGACCUGGAGAGUAUUUUAAAUGUGGCGGCUCUCUGAUCAGUAAUCACUGGGUUCUUACAGCUGCACACUGCCUGGAAGAUGCCUUUAAGUGGUGGGAAUCUGAGGUGGUCCUGGGACUGUACAAGCUGGACAUAUCUAAUAAACACAAUGUGACACGCCGGAUGAAGAACUUUAUCAUACAUAAGAACUUCCAGAAAACCCACAGCGUCCUUCAAGGGUCUGAUGUCGCCCUGGUGGAGCUGGACAGGCCAGUGUCAACAAGUGGCAACGCGUACAUCCAGCCUGUGAUCCUGGGGCAGAGCUCUGACCGCUUCACUGUCAAAUGGGAGUGCUGGGGUACAGGCUGGGGGGACAUUGACAACGGAGUCAGACUGCCUUUUCCUGGCACACUACAGAAAGUCCUGCUGUCCAUCAUAGAGAACAAGCGUUGUCAGGACAUCUACAAGAACCGCUACAGAAUCCAAUCAGACAUGCUGUGCGCUGGGUACACAGAGGGAGGAAAGGACGCCUGCCAGGGCGACUCUGGGGGUCCCCUGGUCUGUCGGAAAGACAAGAAGAGUCCUUGGAUCCAAGCUGGGAUAGUGAGUUUCGGCUGGGGCUGUGGGCUACGUGACUCCCCUGGAAUCUACAUCCAGGUCUCCAGCUACAGGGCCUGGAUAAAAAAACACACCAAAGUCUGAGACUUCUCCUAAGGCUAGGGGAGCGCCCCCUGGUGUCUUCCUGAAUAAUUGCAGGCUUUGCUGUGCUCUAAUGUAACCAUAUUACCACGCUGUGCUAUCUCCUAUCUAUGUGUGCCUCCUGUCCUGUUGUGUGUGUUGAUCACUGAGCGAUUCUCUGUGAUCUCCUCUCUCACUGCGUCUCCUGUCCUCACUCUGGUGAGACUCUUGGCUCUGCUCUGCCUGCUGUAAGAGAUCACUUGUA